GUUACAUAUCACACUGCUAAGGGGUAACCCGUGGAGUAGCAGCAGAAGCUCCGCCCCCCGCCCACUACAAACUUUUCGCGGUAAAACUUUCGCGGGAAAUCAUUGAGUCUGUGAGCGUCCCCGGAGCACGUGUGUGUGUUUGUGUGUGCAGCGUCUCAGCCCCAGCCCCAGCCCCAGCCAGCAGCAUGGACCCUUUCAGGCUACAGCAAACCGAAAAAAAAAAGAAUUUCCAGAAAUUUCGGAAUGUGAACUUAAUUCCCAUGGAGACCUCGUCAUCCUCCGAUGACAGUUGUGACAGUUUUGGCUCUGAUAAUUUAGCAAACACAAAAAACAAAUUUAGAAAAGGUACAACUAAAGAACUAGCCAGAAUAUUUUCUGAGGAUUCAGAUACAGAAUCGUUUUGUGGAUUUUCAGAUGACAAGGUUAAUGCAAUGAAAAUUGAAUCUGAUUCUGAGGAAGUGGAGCCUGUAAGAACUAGAAGGUCCACAAGAGGUCAAGCCAAAAAGAAUGAGUCUCUGAAAGUAGCUCUAAAGUUCCCACCAAAAAGGAGUCCAAGAAUGAACUCCGCUAAGAAGGAAGUAAAGUCUGAAGGUUCUGAUGUGUCGGAUAGUGAGAGUGGCCCCGACUUCCUAAAGAAACGCGCCUUAAACAUUAAACAGAACAAAGAGAUGCUUGCAAAGCUAAUGGCAGAACUGAAAAACCUACCUGAUUUCCUGUCAAGUAAAAGUCCGUUCUCUCCAACUCCGAAAAUAAAGCGCACUCCUAGGACACCACAGUCUACAGGAUACGUAAGGAGGAAUCCAGAAAGAACCUCUCGCCCUCAUACAAGGUCACGGUCGAUGGUUGAUUGCCCACCCAGCCCCUCUCUGGAGGAUGAGGAAGAUGAUGACCGCUACUACUUGGUUAGGAAAAGAAAGAUGAUGGAUGAAUAUGAUGAAGACUAUUAUGUGCCCAGAGUCCGUCGCCAGAGUUCCAUGACUUUGCCCCAUAUCAUCCGUCCAGUUGAAGACAUUACAGAAGAAGAGCUGGAUGCCAUCUGUGUCAUUGGUAGCGAUAAAGUCUACAACAGAGCAACUGGUACAACCUGUCAUCAGUGCCGUCAAAAGACUAUUGACACAAAAACUAAUUGCCGGAACCCUGAGUGUAUGGGAGUGAGGGGCCAGUUCUGUGGUCCGUGCCUAAAGAACAGAUAUGGAGAGGAAGUGAGGACUGCACUACUUGAUCCGGAGUGGCAGUGCCCCCCAUGCAGAGGGAUCUGUAACUGUAGUUUCUGUAGGCAGCGCAAUGGCAGGUGUGCCACUGGUGUGCUGGUUUACCUGGCCAAGUACCAUGGCUAUGACAACGUUCAUGCAUAUCUAAACAGCUUGAAGAGGGAACUUGAAAUGGAAGACUGAAAAUGAUACGCUAUUACUUCACCGAUGCUUUUGGUCGCUAGACUAUAAUCCUCACCGUUAAUUUGAUAUUAACCAUGCCAUGUUAAUGUUUUUUGAAUAAUUGGUGUGGAGUCAGAAAUGAUCCAUUUUUUAGCUAGGCCAAGGGUGUUUAUGGAAGAAGAAAAUGCCAAACAAUGUUAGCACAUUGUGUUCUCUCUGCUGAAUUGUUUCUAAACUCCGUUUUCUUAAAUCUAUAUGCCUAACUGAAUAGAUUGAACUCUGAAUUACAAAAUCUAACAAAACAUGACCUGUUUGGGGGGUUCUUGAUAGCUAUGGUUGGAAACACUGACACUGUAAUUAGUAGCUAACACAAACAAACUUAUUGCAUGUGGUAGCGUUUUAGUUAUUGUCUACCUUGCCUAGAGUUGAUUUUGUUUUGUUCUAACUUUUUAUAGUUUGAAUCCAUUCCUCUGGGAUAACCCUUUUGUCUUCCAGGUCUCAUCACUGAAUCACAAGUAAGAGAAUUAGUACACUUGUGGAUCUUUUCAAAUAUGUCUGCAAAUAACAAAUACACAUAUCCCUGAGGGCUGUAUUUGGUAAAUGCUGCUUUAUAGAACAUUCCAUAGUUGUAUGUACAAGAAGCUUAUAAAUAUAUACUUUUGUCAUAUGCUUAUAGCUAACAAAGUUCUCAGGCUUCACUAAAAUAAGCAACCGUUCCAGUGAACCAACUUUUAGACACCUUUUGCAGGAUAAUGUGUCCAGGGAUUGAUUUUUUUCUUUUUUUUUUUCUUUAAGAAGUCUUGUCUGAAACUUUUGUGCAAGAGUGCAUAGCUUGGUUUAUAAUAGACGUUGCACAUCAUUUUAAAUUAACGUUCAGGUUAGUAUAACUUUUAAAAGACAUACUUAAAUACUUUUAAUGGCUAAAAAUCCUAUGUAAAUUGUAUAUAGACCGUUCCAUUUUUACUUUGUAUAAUCCUUCUGUACCCUAUAUGCACCACAGAAUAGAUAAAACGGAAUUCUUUACAUUAGACUAUUUUGCACUGCAAAUUGAAGCUCUAUUCUGUAGUUGGAUUACCUUUCAGAGAAAUAAAAAUGCCCAUUUUGGGGAGUACUUGCCACAGCAUGGAUGUAUAUUAGGGCAGUUUGAAACUGUACAGUAUAUACUAUGUCACUUGGUCCUGUGACACCCUGCAUAAGCCCAUACACUUACUGAGCAUCUUAUACAGGAGGGUGGAUCUGAUGGUGUAGGAGACAAAAGGAUUAUAUCAGUUACUGUGUUAAAAGCUUGUUUAUAUAGAUUUUAAUUGAUAGAAUGACUGCUGGAUCUGUCUGCGUGUGGCUCAAAAAAUUGCUAAGCUAGUUAUUGGAGUAUGAAUAGAAUACUAUGCUGUCUUAGAUGCACUGUUGAAUUGAACCUUUUAAUUCAAGGUCCAUUCUAAACAUUUCACUGUGAAAAUUUUUUAUGAACCCACAGCCAUAUUAUGAAUGUAAAUAUUUGCAGUCCACUGCAUUGCUUGUGCCUGCUACUGUAGGAAAAUUAUAUUCUCUAAAGCACAUUACUUUAAAAUUAACAUGUAGCAAAUUGCAAAUAUAGGCUCUUUUCAUGAAAAAAAACUAAAGGGGGAGUCAGUUUUUAUUGCGGCUUUAAUAGGCAAUGAGGUUCUUUUUGGGUACCUGUUCGUUAUUGUGUUUAUUGCACCCAGAAGCACUAGGUGUAGCUGUAUAAAGUGGCUAAAUCGGUCUCAAGUCCUGUUUGGAGUGCCCAAACCACUAUUCAGCGCAUGGUGGUAUUUUUUUUUUUUUUUCUGCUCGCAGCUUCAGGAGGCUGCAAGCAGAAAUUUGGGCCCCCAUGACAUUCACACCCAAUCAAAACAACUAUUGAAUUGCUCCAGUGGGCACCCAUUAGUUAAAGCUGCAAUAAAAUGAUUGAAUUACCCCCAGAGCCUUCUAAAUGGGAAUCCUGGAUACUAACUUUCCUUUUAUGUUAAUAUGUAGAGAAAAGGUUUUGGACAUGAACGCUGUAAGCUUGUCAUCCAGCUUUUCAGUUCAUUUUCAAUAAAAGUUUCUUUUUUACUACUUCA